AUGCCGAAUAUUAAAAUACCAACCACAUCGCUAUCAAAUAAACAUCAACGUUUUUUACCUUAUGAACUUCUAGGUAGCAAGCGUACAGGCCGGCACGGUGACAAAUUGUGUGACAAUGAACCAUGUACAAAUCGUGAACUUGAGCAUAUUUUGAUAUUUCAUUUAAGUGAUUAUCAACCACAACCACGCUGGUCAGAAGUGAAGCGGUUUAACGCAUCAGCCGACACUUACAUCGGGUUCCACCGUACAAGUGCUCAGUCAGCUCUUCUCAUCAGUCACAGCGACUUUCGUCGCUCGACGACUCCACCACAAAUGCUUGGCUUUGGUAUCUACUUCGCGCGCUCAAUCAAGAAUACUCUUGGAAAAGCACGAUUUGAAGGUGCUAUUAUUGCUGCUGAAGUUCGUAUGGGUAAUGUGAAGGAGAUUAAGAACUUUAUCAAUAAAAUGGAAUCAAAUGAAUCAGGAUUUCAAUCACGAGGACAAAUUCUUGAUUAUUUUCAAGUUGUAACUUGUUUUAAUUUCGAAGAUUCAAUUCGUUUUCUUGAUCAAUAUCAAUGGAACGUAAAGGACGUAUCCAAUCUUGUUGUAAUGGGUGAAAUUAAACGAAUUGCUCUUGUUGCUCACAAUAAUAAGAAGACAGAAUUGAUUGAAUGUCUUCGACAACAUCGUGAUACACUUGCUAAACAUAAAUUGUAUGGUACUGGUACGACUGGAUCAUUAGUAGAAAAAGAACUUCAAGUACCAGUAACUAAAUUUGAAAGUGGUCCUUUAGGUGGUGAUCAACAAUUGGGUGCAAAAAUUACUUCACGAGAACUUGAUAUUCUUAUUUUUUUUAUUGAUCCUUUGGAUUCUCAUCCUCAUAAUUCCGAUGUGCAAGCACUGCUUCGUUUAACGCAAGUUUAUGGUAUUGUCUGUGCUACAACUGCUGCUACUGUCGAUUUUCUACUUAGUUCAACAAAGAUGAACGAACCUCAUCUACGAAAAAUACACUUAGGUCAACCUGUGAAACCAAAAUAA